AAAUUCUAUAGCAUUAAAUACGCCUGUCGAGCAUUAUAUAUAUCCUACCAGCUGCCGUUGCCAUCCUGCCUGAAAGCGAGAAACAGAGCAAGUUAAAGCAGAAGAUAGAAACAUAGAAAGAUAAAAAGAUUAAAUCUUUAAAGUCACAGCUACUAAGCUACCCUUCCAUUGUCAAAAAAAAACCAUUCCUUUGAUCCUCUAGUCCCCUUCUCUCCGAAUCAAUGGAUGCCAACUUCUCCAACUCCAACUCCCAGGUUGACUGGAUGGCAAUGUUUACGCAGAUGGAAUACAGCGCUCCUCCAACGCCGACUUCUCCGGUCUUCAACUGCUUCCAGUCACCGCCCGCCGUCGCCGGAGAGUAUCUCCCGGCGACGCACGACCCGGUGUCCAUCGACUCGAUGAGGGAGAUGAUAUUCCGCAUCGCGGCGAUGCAACCGGUUCACAUCGACCCGGAGUCCGUCAAGCCGCCCAAAAGGCGGAACGUGCGGAUAUCCAAAGAUCCGCAGAGCGUGGCGGCGCGGCAUAGGAGGGAGAGGAUAUCCGAAAAGAUUAGAAUCCUGCAGCGGCUUGUGCCCGGCGGGACAAAGAUGGACACGGCUUCAAUGCUGGAUGAAGCAAUUCAUUACGUCAAGUUUCUAAAGACGCAGGUGCAGUGUCUCGAGAGGGGGGCCUGUGGCGGCGGGGGGGGGGGAAGCACAGUUAUUAGUGCUCAUUUUCCCGUACGGCUCUCGCAUCAGCUCAGUCCCCAAUCAUUUGUAUUAACCGGCUAA